CCUGAACAUGGAGGCGGCUGCGGGUCGGACGCGACUCACCGUACGUCGUGUCCUCCACGUCCUGCCCUCUGUUCUCUGCCCAGACCACCUGCCAACUUCACCUGUACUGUCAUAGCAGACUGCUUCAAGAGCACGAUGGCUGCUAGUGUAUUCGCAGAUCGUCCGCAGAAGAAGCUGGUCCUCUUCGAUGUCGAUGACACUCUCACCCCUCCGCGUCAGACGGUUUCCCCUGAGAUGCUCAGACUACUCCGCGCGUUGCGCAAGAAGGUGGUCAUUGGUGUAAUCAGCGGCUCAGACUUCGUCAAGGUCUCGGAGCAGCUCAGUACUCAGGGGAACAACGUUGUUGACGAGUUUGACUACGUAUUCGGAGAGAAUGGCCUGACUGCUUACAAGUUGGCUGCGCCAUUGCCGUCACAAUCAUUCAUCAAGUUCGUCGGCGAGGAACGCUACAAGGUCUUAGCGAACUUCAUCCUGCACUACAUCGCGGAUCUGGAUAUUCCUAUCAAGCGUGGAACGUUCAUCGAGUUCCGUAAUGGGAUGAUUAACGUCAGUCCUCUGGGGCGUAACGCGACGAUGCAGGAGCGAAAAGACUUCGAAGCAUAUGACAAUCAACAUGGGGUCCGCGUCGCCUUCGUCAAAGUGCUGCAGGAGAAGUUCGCUGACUACGGUAUAACAUUCUCGAUCGGAGGGAAGAUAUCAUUCGACGUCUUCCCUAAUGGGUGGGACAAGACAUAUUGCUUGCGGCACGUCGAGGACGAAAAGUUCGAGGAGAUCCAUUUCUUCGGAGACAGCACUCAGAAGGGUGGCAACGAUCACGAGCUCUACGCCGAUCCUCGUACAAUUGGACAUGCUGUCUUGAAUCCUGCAGAUACUGCUCAACAACUGAAGGAGAUUUUCCUGCCAGAAUUCCAGUGAGAAGUGUGAGGCAUGUUCUGGCAGUAGUUGUAGUUGUGUAACAAGAUGACAUUGCUGUUGGUACAAGGACGACUAUGCUGUACACCUGAGUUUGUACGAUGUUCAUUGGGAUGUUCAUUGGGUUACAAUGUGGGGUUGAGAUAUGAUGGUCCCCCAUAAUGAGUGCAUCGUAACCAUUUGCCUUGCUGCCAUGCGAUAUUUUCGAAAGGAGCCCACUACGUCUAACUGUCCUGUGUAGAUGCGUAUGUUUCCAUUUGAAUGCAGGCUACAGCAUCCUGAUGAGGCAUGAGUACAAGCUGCAUGUGGCUGUCACUUGAGGUGUGGCG